AUGAACCAUUCGCUUGGAUCGUGCAUACAACCCUUCGGGGGUUGUGCUCCAGAAGCUUCGGGAGCUCGGACUCCCACGCGACGCAUGACCCGCGCGACGGGAGACGAGAGACCCGAGGCGAGGAGACGGGAUGGACGCCGAGCGGACGCCUUCUCGGCACGGAGGAUGCUGCUUGAAAGAAUCCUGGGAGAGCCAGACUUUGCACACUACCAAAGCGAGGGGCGACACGAAUUGGUUCCGGUGAGGCAGAUCAAACUAGUUCAAGAAGACCCACUCGCUGGAACUCCUGUCCUCAUCCGAUGGGACUUCAACAACUACACCUUGGUCUAUGGAUCUCUGUCGCAGGAAGCCAUUGAGGACCUUCAGCCAGACACUGUGCAGCUGAGAGAUCCAACCAAAGGCAGCGACUGGUAG